AUGCGAUUGCAUAUUUCAGAAAUGACAUUCUUUCAAGAUAAGAGAGCUGAGAUAUUGAAAGAAACUGCUGCAGAAAAGCAGCGUGGAAGAGCUUGGGAAACGAAGCUACGUCAAGCUGCUUCUGAAGCACGAGAGCUGCGGAAAGCCUUAGAUGAAGAGGAGUUGAUAUGCAAAGAGCGCAUGGACGCCCUAGAGAAACGGCAGCGUGAUUCAGAGGGGUCAGGUCUCCAAGCUGCCAUUGCAUCCAUCGCAUCCAUCGCCAGGGCGUCAGUCUCAAUGUCGCAAUCGUCGCAAUCAGUGCGUGAAAGUGCACUGAAGCUUGGACAUCUUGGAUCAUCUGCCUGCUCUCGGCAAGAAAAGCUGAAGCAAGAGUUGCACACUGCGGAGGAUUUGCGCUUUGAGAUCUCCAGCCAAGUCUCAGAAAUGAGGGCAGAACUGGAGAGACUACAUCGAGCAAGUGAUGUCGAAGGAGGAGUUUCAGACCUGAUCGUUCAGCCAGCGGCAGCUCAAUUGCGGCAGUGGAAAUUACAGCAGGAACGUAAAGCAUCACUACGACUCCAGGGGAUGGUAAAACGGUUCGGCGCGAAGGCUGGAGGCUCUGCAAGCUCGUUGGCAGUGUCCGAAUCUGAGAGCGAGGGCAACGACGAUGGAGGCGCUCUGCCAAGCCGAGAACCAGGAGAGCUAGGAGAGCGGGAGCCAGGAGAUGCAGGCUUGUCAGGCCGGAUUGAGUCGACCCAAGCCUUCCUCAGAAUGAAAGCUGAAGAGACACGCUCUGCAAUCCGACGCGGGGAGAUUCAUGCUGCAAAGCUGGCAGCUUCAUCCCGGUAG